CACACCAACCACCUGCUUCUCAGCAGGAAUAAAAUAUAACCUAUGGGUUUUAAUUGAAUUUACUUUCAUUCCAGGUGUCUGAUCCAUCACACAAAACAAAGCUGGUUGGUUGAGUAAGGAAGAGUGAAGCUGGACUUUAGUUAAGCAAGAAGUCGAGGUCAAUUCUCUAAUGGAAGCAGAUGGAUUCUGCCUCUGGGGGGAAAUCCAGCCCCAAAAAUGUUUGACUUUCCUUAUUUUAAUACCUCUGUCAUCUUAUGAGGGUAAUGAAAAGCAGCUCUAAGUCCUCCUUCAUAACUCCAGGGGACCAUGGAACACCUGAAAGGAGAUGUCAUGUUCUGGGGGUGAACUCAGCCCUUCAACCAAGGCUCAUGCAAUAAUGAGGAUUUCCAGCUCUGGAUCCAUUUUUCAGGAGCCAGCACUGGCUAUCCUUGCUUUACUCUCUGGUGUAACUCCAUCAAGCCAUGAUGAUCCAGGAGAAAAAUCCAUGUUUAUUUAUCCUAUCUGUCGCAGAGUGGGGUUUUAGGAGCUGCUGAUCUUCCCCUGGUGAAUAGCAAGAUGGAGCCUGAAUUCAUCUCUUACCUCCAAAUGAAGCAUCAUGUCUAAAGCAAAGUGAGGUAAAACAAAUCCCAGCUCUUAUUCUGACAUCAGGUAAAAAUACACUAAGAGAAGUCCCAUUUUCCAAUUCUAGAAAAUCUCUUCCUGGGACACGGGGAGCAGGUAUUUAUUCCUCAAGUGCUCAGGCUGGAUCGGGAGUGGUCAAAAGAUGAAAAAUAAUUUCAUUUUCCCAGGAAUUAUCAGGAAAAUAAUGGAAUUCUAUGUAUAAGUGGAUUGAGAAGAACUAGGAGGAAGCCUUGCAGCUUAUUUGUGAUUUAUUUAUUUUGGUAUGGUAUUUCCCUUCUUAAUGGUUUAAAUAUGCCCCUGCUUUCAAAUAUGUGGGCUGAACAGGGAUAUCUGUGCCAGGAACUUGUGUUUUUUCAAGGAGGAUUUACCUUUUAUUGACUGAAGGUUUUGUAACUGCCUGACAAAAAUUAACAUUGUUAUCAUUAUCAAUGGAUUUAUGUGCAUUAAACACUUCCAUCUAAAGGCAGAAAGCAGGUGAACUGCAUACAUAAAAUGUUCAGUAUGGCUGGAUAGAAUGAGACAUUUGCAUCUGAAUUUAUUCUCCUGGGCUUCACCACCCAAGCAAACCUGCAGGUGAUGUUAUUUUUGUCUUGUUCCUUGCCCUUUAUGUGGAAAACAUGGGAAAUCCAGGAGUCAUUGUGUUGAUCUGGAUUGAUCUGCACCUCCACACCCCUGUGUACUUCUUCCUUAGCCACUUGUCCCUGCUGGACAUCUGCUUCUCCUCUACCAUCAGCCGGAGCCUGAGGGAUUUUUUGGCAGAGAAGAAGGUGAUUUCCUUCUGCGUCACCCAGCUCUUCUCUUUCACCACCUGGGCCACCACUGAGUGCCACAUGCUGGCCACCAUGGCCUACAACCUCUGCGUGGCCAUCUCCAGGCCUCUGCUCUACUCUGUGCUCGUGUCCCAGAGCAUUUGCGUUGGGAUGUUGGCUGGGGCCUACCUGGCUGGAGCGCUCAGCUCCACCCUACACGUGGUUUCCACAUCCCACGCCCCGUUCUGCCGCUCCUGCGCCAUCGAGCGCCUUUUUUGUGAUGAGCCCCCGCUGCUGGCCCUGCCCUGCUCCGACACCCGCGCCAGCGAGGCCGUGGUGGCCACCGUGGUGGGGUUCAAUGUGCUGAGCACCACAGCCUUCAUCCCGGUGUCCUACUCGUCCGUCCCCUCCGCUGUCCUGCCGAUCCACUCAGCAGCAGGGUGGCUCAAGGCUUUGUCCACCUGCACCUCCCACCUGGCCUCCAUCGCUCUGUAGCAUGGCAGCUCCAUCCCCACGUAGCUGCAGCCCGUCUCCAGCCACUCCCCAGAGCAGGACAAGUUCAUCUCCCUGAUGUAUCCCGUCACCGUCCCCAUGCUGAACCCGUUCAUCUACAGCCUCAGGAACGCAGACUUGAGGAAUGCCGUGAGGAAAGCAAAAAGUAGGAUCCUCACUGCCUGGUCCAUCCGUGGCUCCCGGUGAGCUGGAAGGAGAGGACAACCCCUCUGUGUUAGAUUUUGGCCCCUCAGGGAGAGGGGAUGCAUAUCAGACCCUCAGGAUUCCAGGGUCAUAAUCCAGACUCAUCUUCCAAGCCAUUGGUGCCGUGAUGUUCCUGCAGCAGCACUGCAGGGAAGGGAUGAGACAUCUCCUGGCAUUGUCAGGAGUGCAGGAACGCACAAGGAAUGCGGCAGAGCAGAGCCUGGGUGGGAGAUGAGGCACCACUCCUGUGCUGCAGGACAGGAGCUGGGGAGAUUCCAACCCUUUGGGGGCCUGCCCUGACCUCCCUUGAUUUUUCCCUCUUUUUUGGGGGCUGUCCAUGUGGAAAGGAAGCCCCAAGCUGCUGGUGUGGGCACUUGGAUUUGUUUUGUGCCUUCUCUGGGGGAGAGGAAAAAGGAAGAUGGGGGAAUCCAGGGGGUGAUGGUGUCAAUUGGGGCACACCAAUGUCUGCAGAGGGGGGAGCA